CUCCUCCUCCCCCCCGGCAGGAGGGGCGGGCAGAGGCUGCUGGAGCUCCGUGACGAGCAGCAGCAGCAGAAAGAGAGAGAGAGCUCUACCCGGACUGAAGCCGCUGCUGCUCGGCUGUCAACAAGGAGCGACCGCGCCUGUGCAGCGUGGGGGAAACGGGGGCUGAGACCACUACCAAAACGCUAAAGAAAGGUCGCUGCAGCCACAGUGACAUGGACGGCAGGAGCGACUCCACAACCUGCAGAGCUAACACAGAAGCCUCGCCCGAACUGUGGAGCCGACAAUGACUCACAGAAAUGGAAUCAGGGGGACGAGUGAUCGCUGCCUCCACGCCGAGGCCUCCGGAGUCCUGCGGCAGGCCAACGGGGUGGAGCAGGACAAAGAUCAUCAGGACUGUGAGUCCGAGGAGGCGGGGCAUGUGGCAGGUGAACGCAGACGCUCAGCAGCUGGACCCGGGGUGGUCACAGCUCCAGACGGAGGAUGGGGGUGGGUGGUGCUGGUCGCCACCAUCUUGGUCCUGGCUCUGACCCUGGCGUUCCCGUCCUGCGUGGGGAUCUUCUACACGGACCUGCAGAACGAGUUCCACGCCUCCAACAGUGAGACGUCCUGGGUGCCCUCCAUCAUGACGUCGGUGCUGCACGCAGGAGGUCCCUUCUGCAGCGUGUUGGUGGAGAGAUUGGGUUGCCGGGCAACGGUCAUGCUGGGCGGAGUCCUGAGUGGGCUGGGAAUGGCAGCCAGUUCGUUUACCCAGUCCAUCGGGCAGCUGUACGUCACGGCCGGGGUUAUUACAGGUCUUGGUUUCUGCUUCAGCUUCCAGCCCGCCGUGACAAUCCUCGGACACUACUUUGUGCGCCGCCGAGCGUUCGCCAACGCCAUGUCGUCGACGGGCACGGCACUGGGACUGUGCACGCUGCCCUUCCUGGGCAACUACCUCCACGAGGAGCUCGGCUGGAGGGGCAGCUUCCUGGUCCUGGGCGCCGUCCUUUUGAACUGCUGCGUGUGCGGCGCCGUGAUGAGGCCCCUGGAGCCCCCCGUGUGCCGGGGUCAGCCCCUGAUGAACCAAGGACCGCCUUCGCCCAAGGAGGCGCCCGUGAGGAAGGACGUGGGGUGGGCGAGGACGAUGUGGAGCUACGUGGUGGCUUCCCUCAGCAAACACAUGGCGUUCGAUCAGUUCUGCAACAAUCGGCGCUACUGCGUGUUCGCCAUUGGCAUCACGUGGAUGAUGCUGGGCUUCGUGGUGCCGCUCAUCUACCUGGUCCCCUACGCCACCGCCAACGACAUGGAGCAGGGCCGCGCCGCCAUGCUGCUCUCCAUCCUUGGCAUCGUCAACAUCGUGGUGCGGCCGCCGUUCGGCAUCAUCUUCAGCAUGCCGUGGUUCAAAGGGCGGCACAUUUACGUUUUCGCCGCUGCCCUGCUGGUCAACGGGUUUAGUAACGCCAUCCCCUGCAUUGCCAGCUUCAACGUCCUGCUGGUGUACGUGGUGAUCUACGGGCUGUCCAUGAGCGUGGUGGGCUCGCUGAUGUUCACCGUGCUCAUGGACAUCGUGGAGAUGAGCCGCUUUCCCUCGUCUCUGGGACUGCUCGCCAUCAUGGAGAGCAUCACGCUGCUCAUCGGGCCUCCACUGGCAGGAGUCCUGAUCGACAGAACGGGUCAUUACUUCCAAGUCUUCUUCGCCUGCAGUGCCGUUGUUGCCUCCGCCGCCGUGUUCCUCAUGGUGUCUUUCUGCUGGCUGGACAAAAAGGACAGAAAGUCUUCAAAGCAGACUCAGCCCUCAGCGCUCCCCGAGCCGGCCAGACCCCCUGCUGUGGACGUCGCUCCUGACUGUCAGUACCGCAGUGUGCCCACAGAGGGAGACAAAGACAACGCCUCUGCUAACGGGGCAGACAACAUCAGCAGCGUCUGAACUCUGCUCACACUUCAGGGUUUUAUCCUAAACACACACACACACACACACACACACACACACACACACACACACACACACACACACACACACACACACACACACACACACACACACACACACACUGCAGGUCAAACAGUCCUGCACAUUAUUUCCUAAUGUGUGUGUGCCAGCUCGCUUGGCGCACCCAGAUGUUUGCUCUCCUGCUGCGACCUUACCGCUACCAUCUGCUGCGCCAUAAAAGACACCAAACAAACACUGUGAAUCAUUUGCUCUGCUCUACCCAGGUUAAACACUUUGCUCCUAAAAUACCAAAACCAAAACAGAUGUGCACUUAUCAGCUACGGUGUGAUUGUACUGUUAAUCGUCAAAUGCUGCUGAUCUCAUCAUAACACCAUCCAUCUCAUCACGCAUGAGGUAUCUCACUUUAUCAAGCCAGGAGACACACAGGAUCCUGUGUUUGAUAAAUUCACUCCGAGUGCAUGUCAGGUGUUUCCUGUAGUGUUGAUUUAAAGGUGUAUAAUCAUCUUACUCUUCCUUCUGUCAAGACCAGACGACCCGUUUUCUAAUCAAACUCGUGCAUAGCAAAUUAACGGAAAGCUACACCAGAAAGUAUAUUUAACUGAGUACAGACUGGGGACUGUAGAAAAAAAUCUAAUUAGGAAUCACUAAUUUGAUCUUGCUUUGUAGGACAGCCCAUCGAUGUCAACCUGCCGCCCUUCAGCAAAUCAUUAUUUGUACAGCGCCAAUUCACAGCAAGUGUUAUCUCGAGGUCGAGACGCAGGUUAAGGACCUUACUCAUUGUUAUGUUACAAAAGAAGAUUAGGAGAUAAGAUUAGAUUUCUCCUUUGUGUUCCUCUCGUUCCUGUCCACACUUGCCGCUGAGGUGGAGGUCAGAGCAGGUCGUGCAUGAACGAGGACGGCGGUGGUUGUGGGGACGACACAGUCCGAUGGUGGAGGCUGGGCGACAGGGACGUCGGGUGGUAGGUAGUGCAGGAUCAGCUCGCCGCCCCCCCCCCCGUCUACUGGAGAGUCUCACAAGGCCUCCUUAACUUGAUCUUCAAACUAAUUCUACACUCAAUUCAGACAUUCGAUCCAGACCCGCCUUUUAUGUCAAAAUGUGCAGCAUCACCAGGCUGGUAAAGGGGCGUGGCCUUACAUCUGGAUGGGCUGUUAUUUAAAGUUUUACAGUGAUACAUCUCAAGAGUAAAAGGAUAAGGCUGGCGCUAAAUCUC